ACCAUUCACGCUGGCCAGGUGACUGGGUCAAGUGUCCUAUGUGUCGAGGUAUCAUGCUGGAACCCGCCGCCACGCUCGACCGACAUAAGUUUUCACCCGUUGCUACGUCCGUGGGAUCAGCCACAAUGGACGCCCAAUGCAGCACGCUUGUAGCGAACCUUGAAGAUUACAUUCAAUGGCUCCCAGAAGAGUGCAUCAACGAUGCGCAAUUCUCCGCUCUGGACACGGCUUUCGAGUACUUUCGGACCCGGAUGCUCGGCACGGUCCAAGACGCUGUGAAGGCUUGUUUUGAGCUUCGUCAAGGUAAAACGGCGCGCUUUAGCCCUAGUCUCUAUCCCGAUCUCGGUUCUCUCCAUGGUGGGAUACAAGCAACAGAGUACCAGGUCAACCUGGCGCUUAUCAUUGCCAUGAAGGAACGGGCGAAGACCUGGCUCAAGGGUGAUGUUGCAGCCUACCAACGUGCCUUCAAGCACGAGUUGAACGUGCUCGGUGUUUGUGCUGAGGUUCAAUUCUUCCGCCGCAUUACACACUGGUGGUCGGACACUCAGUUCGCGGCUUGGUGGCGGGGGUUCCAAAGUGAGUGAUUCCCGACUCGUGGGAGGACUCUUGCAGUUGUCUUCAGCCCUUUCGCUUUCUUCUUGCUUUUCAUAUCUCCGCGGACAUCCGACUGAAGUGCAGUGUACAUGCGGAAUAGCACUGCCCGGCCAGCAAAACACGGGCUAGAGCACUCUUUUGCUUUCUCAUACAGAGGUCUGAAUUACUUGAUGGUCUGGCGUUCUCGCGCAGCAGUUUCUUUCUCUGUCCUUUUGUGUCCUUGGUCCCCAAGGACGAGAAAUAAGAAUUUCAAUUUUCAGUAAAUCGGGUGAUAUGAACAUAUAAAACGUUAAAUAUUUGACAUAGUAUUAUUAUA